CAAGCCACAGUCUGCCUCCUCUGAGACACAUUAAUCCACACGGAAGAGGACUAAAUCUGUUGGACUGAGCACCGGACUACAAUAAAAUCUUUUUUUGUUUCCUCUGCAUGAGAUUGGAUGAAGCGUCUGUUUGAGACUUUAAAUUGAGGGAUAUCUCAAAGUAAAGCCGGAUUGGAACACGGAGAAGAAUUAAGCCUGGAGUUAUUAAUGUGCAAAUAAUAGUAAUAAUUUAGUUAAUAAUUUUUCAGACGGACUUUUAUUUUUAUUAUUUCCCCCUCCAGAGUGAAACCAAUGCGCGCAGAGAGAUGCAUCUGGGCAAGGCGCUGCUGCUCGUCCUCCUCCUCCUCCUCCACUGCGCGACCCUGAGCUCCCCUCUGUCCACUUGCGCCACCGUGGACCUGGACUACGUGAAGAGGAAGCGGGUCGAGGCCAUUCGGGGCCAGAUCCUGAGCAAGCUCCGGCUGACGAGCCCCCCGCACUCCCUGGGACCGAACAAGGUCCCGUACCAGAUCCAGGCGCUGUACAACAGCACCAAGGAGCUACUGGAGCAGCUGGGGAGGGAUCGGAAGCAAAGCUGCGGUCAGGACAACACAGAGACUGAGUACUAUGCCAAAGAAAUCUACAAGUUCAACCUGCUGUACGGGCCGCCUGAGAGCAAUGAUCUGUUCUACUGCCCUAAAGGCAGUUCGAAGAUUUUCAGAUUUAACGUCGCCGCCAUGGAGAGAAACUCCACCAACCUCUUCAGAGCAGAGUUUCGGGCCCUGAGGCUCCCAAACCCAAGUGCCAAAAGGAACGAGCAGCGGAUUGAGCUCUACCAGAUCCUGCGGCCAAACGAACACAUCAGGAAGCAACGUUACAUCGGAGCGAAGAACGUUCUGACCCGAGGUUCUGCAGAAUGGAUCUCCUUUGAUGUGACUGACACGGUGCGGGAGUGGCUGAUAAACAGAGGAUCCAAUUUGGGUUUGGAAGUCAGCGUCCACUGUCCUUGCAAUAACUUUGGCCCAAAUGGCGAAACCUUCGACAACGACAACAAAGUGCUGGAGGUGAAAUUUAAAGGUGUUGAUGGAGAGGAGGAGUACAGCCGCUUGGAUCUGGACAACCUGAAGAGGAAUAAGGAGCAUCUUCCUCACCUCCUCAUCAUGAUGAUCCCACCUCAUCGCCUGGAGACUCAGUCCACACACCGACGCAAAAGAGCGCUGGACACAAACUACUGCUUCUCAAACACAGAGGAGACCUGCUGUGUUCGCCGCCUCCACAUAGAUUUCCGGCGUGACCUGGACUGGAAGUGGAUCCAUGAGCCGAGUGGGUACGACGCCAACUACUGCUCGGGGCCCUGCCCUUACCUGAGGAGCUCAGAUACGACGCAUAGCUCGAUGCUGAGCCUGUACAACACUCUGAAUCCAACCGCCUCUGCCUCCCCCUGCUGCGUUCCUCAGGACCUGGAGCCCCUUACUAUACUCUACUACUCUGGACGGACCCCUAAGGUGGAGCAGCUCUCCAACAUGAUUGUCAAGUCCUGCAAAUGUAGCUGAAAGGACACCCUGAGGACAGGUUGUAUGGUGGGAAUAUAGCAGACCCAACCCAUGUGCUAAGUUUUUUAAUUUUAUUUUUAUUUUUUUGACUCUGAGCUGUGACGUAAACUGACCCUGUGGCUUCAUGGCUGUGUUUUGAUUUUUGGGAGGUUUUUUGGAACGACAAACUCUGGAGAGGAGCAUAUUUUUAAAGACUAAUUAAGAUCAUCUUCCUUUUACCAGCUAUAUUUUUUACUUCCCCUCAAGUCAAGCCUGAAUGAGAAGUAGUUAUUUUUUUCUUUUUACUUAAACCCACUAUGAAAAACAAAAAUAAAGAAUGUCUAAGUACUUGUAUUUAUAUGAAGGGAGCUCGGUGGUGUGGUCUUGUAAUCCUGAGGCUCAUGGGAGUCUAACAGACAACAACCUUUGUUAACAUUGAUUCUCAAAGAUCAACAACCUGCAACAAAAUAAAAAUCAAAACCAUAUUUAAGCUAAAUUAAAUCGUCUAUAAAGUCA